CCAGGAAUGGACUUUCGUGAGAAAGAGGGUCCCCCGGCACCAUCACUACUAUCGAGUAGUUGUUGCUGGUGAGGAGCUGAUCGAGAAGUGUCUUCCGUCGUAGGAUAAAGGCUCCAUGUUUGCGGCUAUCACGGCGUGCAAGAAACUGUGGCGUAUCGGAAUUCGACUCUUAGACAUAGACAUGCGUCUGUUCCUGAGCAACACUCACCCGUACUUGCACCCCAAGGACUGGCAGUCACUAAUUACCCGAAUGCUUGAGUUCGCUCAAUACAUCACACUCGUCGUCAAGAGCGACCGGCGCGGAGAGCUAUACAUCCAGGAAGUCAUACAUUCACUCUCACUUGCGCAACGACCUCUCAAAGCCCUGCUCUUCGAUGACGGGGUGUGUCCCAAGGACGAAACAAUCACCGACAAGGACUUCAUUGUAUCGACUUUGAGCCCGACUUCGUGGCCACAUCUAGUUACGAUGAUGAAGAGUCCGGUCAUGACGUCAAGAUUAGAAGAAAUCAAAUUCCCAGAGUACGACGGGAGGACGGCCUCGAAUCUAGUACAAAAGCAUCAAGACCCAACUACACACUUGAACCGUUUCGACAGCAACAUCGAAGUCGAGUUCAACUACAUGGAGCCGCAGCCUAGGCAGAUCAAGAUCGCAGCCAAAGGUCGCCAAGCUACCAUCCAGGGACCUGACCUCAAACUUCUUGUCAUUGUCGGAACACUGUGGUCAAGGCUGAUAAGCCUUGUUCCCCAGUACAAAAAUCCGCUUGCGCAGAUCGGUCUCGCCAAUCCUCAGAAGCUGGCCAAUCUCACUAACCUCAAACUGCGUAAUUACAACUGCGACUGUCUACCGAAAGGUCUUUUCCAAUCGAUCAAUCUGCCCAGCGUCAAGGAGUUGACGGUCGUCCAGUGCUUCCAUCUCCCAACACUUUGGGAACUCUUCCUAACCUCGAGAUCCCCGAUUAGCAUAACGAAGCUGACGAUCGACAUAUACGACUGGAGCGAGUACCUAAUGAGCGCGCACGCUUACAGGUUUGAGGCUUUCUGCAAGGCAUUUGGCACCCUGACUCACCUCUAUAUCAAAGUCUGCGAACCCUGGUCGCUUGAUAUAGAUGCAUUGGAGAGGCACACGCAUCUCCGCUUGGCUGAUCUCGAUCUCGGAGAGGCCUUGCCUCUUGAGGAUCUGCAAAAGCUACAAGCCAACCAUCUUGAGUUGCAAGAACUCCACUACCGUGACCACCAUCUCGCUUCGUCUUUGGGGGCGGGCAAAUGGCACAACGACUUCAAGGAGAAGAUCCCUGGAACGGCAGCCGCUCUUGCCAAGAUGACGGAGCUGGAGUAUCUUCGCAUCAUCGCACAUCCGCAGACUCAUUGGAAACAGCGAUUUGAUGAUGUUGAGAACGAUAAAGUCUCUGUGGAGGAGAUUCUGGCUACAAGAAUCCACAAAAGCAUCACGGUGGCUGCGGAUGAACGAGGUGUAGAGUGUCGCGUUGGCACGAUCGUCAUCACCAAACAGCCCAUCUUGAUUCCCAAAGCGUGGAUCAAGGAGCAUGGCCUAUCCCAGGGCACCGUCUUUGAGCUUCCGUUGAAGAAGGAGGUAGCUUGA